CGCAGGAGCAGAACAGACGCACACCAACACACACACAGGGCAGACAGGAGCGAGCAGGACGUUUAAACAUGGUUUUAGCUUGUCUUUAAGACAGGUGUGUGUGUGAGAGGGGCGGGAACCGGGCGACAGUGGAAUUAGGCGGUGACAGCAGAGGUUAUUAUAACAGCAGACUGUAUCAACACAUGUGCCUGUGUCACAGUAAGAGCACUGCGGCUGUGGAUCUUGACUCAGGCUGCUCCUACACCCAGUGGUCCACAGGCAAGAAACAUGGAGGCUGUCGCUCCUCUCCGUCCCCAGCAGAAGGGCUAGGAUCAGCCUGAUUCCUCCCUCCCUGCCUGCAUCACCCCCACCAUGGCCAGCAGGAGUCCCACCCUGAGUCCGGAAGCCGGGGAUUCGGCACCGGGGACCCCCGAGGCCGGCGCUAACCCCCAGUCGGAUCCGGAGGCCUUCUGCAAGCUGUGCCUCAGCGAGCAGCCGUCUGCAGCCUCAAGGGAACUGCAGAGCUGCCACUGUGUAUUCUGCACAGCGUGUUUGGAGCAGUAUGUUCAGCUGGCUAUCAUGGAGGGUGGGGGGGCACCCAUCACCUGCCCAGAUAUGGCCUGCCAAAAGACUGGAGUGCUACUGGACCCUGAGGUAGCAAGCUUGGCCCCAGAUGAUCAAGUGGAGCUGUAUCAGCGUCUGAAGUUUGAGAGAGGAGUGAAGCUGGACCCCAGCAAAGCCUGGUGCCCGGUUCUUGAAUGCCAGGCUGUGUGCAGUGUGCAGCCGAGCACUGAGGGCCAGCCCACCGCUGUGCCCUGCCCGACCUGUCACACCAUCUUCUGCUCCGGGUGCAGAGGGCCCUGGCAGGACGGCCAUACCUGCCCUGAGCGCCAGCCCAUGAUGGCGCCCUCACCCUCUCAUGAAAGCAGGGACCGCACCAACAGCGACUCUGACAUGCCCAUCAAACAGUGUCCUAUGUGUGGUAUCUACAUCGAGAGAAAUCAGGGCUGUGCACAGAUGCUGUGUAAGAGCUGCAAACACACCUUCUGCUGGUACUGUCUGCAGAAUCUGGAUGGUGAUAUCUUCUUGAGACAUUAUGAUAAGGGGCCGUGCAGAAACAAGCUGGGACACUCCAGGGCCUCGGUUAUGUGGAACAGAACGCAGGUGGUGGGAAUCCUUGUGGGGGUCAGCAUCAUCGUGCUGGUGACAUCUCCGAUCCUUCUGCUGGCCUCGCCCUGCAUCCUGUGCUGCGUCUGCAAGCCCUGCAGUGGAAAGAAGAAAAAGAAGAAGAAGAAGAAGGACCUCAGCCAGCCAGACUCCUCCACAUCAUAGCAGCUCCCCCUGCUCAUCAGCCCAGCCCAGGUUCACACCAAUAAUCUCAUGAAGAGUGAAGUGCUGCAUGGUGGGGGAAAAAAUACAUUUGGAGUAACAAUGGAGUACUUUUUCAUGACUCGACAGACUGGAAGCCAUGACAGUGGUUUGGUUAUAUUGUUGAGAUUGACAAGUGCAGACUUGCAACUUAAGGCUCGUUGAAAGAGCUGCUCAAAAAACACUCUUGAAUUACAAGAGUAUGUACUUUACAUAGUUAAGUGUAAAUAUGAGGAGAAUGAAUGUAUCUCACCUAGUUGUUUUCAGAUGCACAACAGGUAAUAGGGAGACGUUUUCUUGGACAGGGCUUUUGUUAUCUCUUUCUCUCUCUUUUACACACACACACACACACACACACACACACACACACACACACACACACACACACUUACAGACACCCAUACAGUUCAAAGUGCAACGCCACCCUCAUGUGCCAAACGUCAUGAUGCCAAACCAGAGGUGUUAGGUGCUCAAGUGCCUCACUCAACAGUGCCUGGUGCUUGGUUGUAUUUGUGUUGCCUUCCAUUCUCUCUUUAUCUUAUGCAAAAAUUUUAGCAUUAUUAAAAUUGACAACUGUCAGGAUCACAGGGUUAUAAAUCCCUAAACAAUGCAAAACAUUCUUUCAUAAUGGGAGAAGGCGUCAUGUGUGCGCUGUAUAUUCUGUUCUGAUAAGACAAAUGAUAGGGCUUCAGUGGUGCACAGAGAACUUUUCUUCUGCAAAUGUUUGUUGUUUCCACCUGGCAUACGUUCCAGACCAAAGGCUCUAAAGGAUAAUGUGUACUUUUCUAAAGUGUGUUAAUGUAUAUUUAUGGGUUAUGUGUGUAUGGUAUUCUGUUAUCAUUUCUACAUUUCUUUUGAUGUUUCUGCAUCAGAUAUUUUAUAAAAGCGCCAUUGUAAUUUAAAUAAACAUAGUGUACUGAA